AUUGUAUUUAAUUGAGACAAUGUAUGAGCAGAAGCUGUCGGCGCCGACAAUGCUUGUGCUGAACGAGUCAUUGAUGCCAAUGCUGUCACGUCUGGACGAAUGCAUCGCUUAUUUGGAGUCAAAGAAGAAUUACAGGGAAUCGGAGGUGUAUUUGAAACAAUUCCAACACUUGCAGUCACAGGCGCUGUCAACCAUCAGGACUCAUGUGAUUAAGACAUUGGAACAGACGUCGCAACAAGUGAUGCCCGAAACCAAGGAUGCGUUGACACCAAACGACAGUGUCUUCACUUUAUUUUACGGCAAAUUCCAGACAAACGCUCACAGAAUCAAGACUUUAAUGCAACAAAUAGAGGAACGCACUCAACAGUCGCCUCUAUAUAGCCAAUACCUGUCGGAAUGCCAUCAGUGCUACUUCACAGCCAGAGAGUCAUUGAUAGGUCCGGUACUGUCGUUGGCUAUUGACGAGAUGGUGGCCUCAUAUCAGCGCAACUAUUGUCAGCUGAUUAGGAGCUCAACGAAUGUAGUGAUCCAUAUCUGUCAAGACGAAUAUCAACUCUUUUUUCAAUUCUUCACUCAAACAACACCUUUAUUGAAGUGA